AUGCUGUCGAUGAUGAUGGUGAUUGAUGAUGACGAUGAUGUUGAUGAUGAUGAUGACAUGACGAAAAGCUCAGGGCCUGCGCUUCAAGCCCAAGUUGGGGAGAAACAGACAGAUCGUUCGUUCCAAGCAGAAGCAGCUAUAUUUACCAACCGACUGGCUAUGCAAGCAGAUACGUUCGCUUCUGGAUCUGCUACAGUUAUUUCAGCGGUAUCUCAUCUAACUGCUCUCUGA